GCCCGGGCGGCCCUUCUGCGGGGCGGCGCCGCCGGGGCGGCGCGGCCGUCGGGCGGCGCCGCGCGGCGCGGUGGCCGAGGCGACGCGGGAGGCCGAGACCGACGGCGAGGUGGACGUGGAGGAUGGCCUUGAGCCCGAGGUCGACCACUGGGCGGAGCUGGAGGCCGCGAAGGCGAAGCGCGGCCUCACGGCGAAGCUGCCGUGGCCGCGGUCGACCUGCGAGGUCAUGAUAGACGCCAUGACGACCAUCCAGCACUUCUGGCGGAAGGCGGGGCACGAGAAGGGCCACCUGCGGCACCAGAGCGACAUCUUCACCCUCUGGCCGGCCAAGGUCGUGCAGGCGGCGGCCGCGCUCCGCCCGCGCUACGCCGACCGCGACAGGAGGCCUCCCUCCCCGUGGGAGCCGAUCAUGGUGGUGUACGACUACCCGAACCCGCGCCGGAACUGGAUGGUCAGCCCGAGGAUCGACCUUUGGAAGCACAUGAGCCAGCAGGGGCCUCGGGUGCUGCAGAAGGGGCUGUCGAUCGCCUUCGCCGACACCUACACGGAGAACCUGGACGAGCUCACCAAGGGCAGGUGCCCAGAGGAGAUCAUGUAUAUGAUCGAGUUGCUCACACGCGAGUUCCCCCGCAGGCAGGUGCUCGUCACGGGGGACCCGAAACUGCAAAGGCUCGCGCGCAGCCACUGCCUCGUGCGGAGCCCCAAGUGGCUGGAGCAAGAGCUGCUUCGCACAGGCGAGCCUGGCAAGAGGGCGCUGAAGGCGUUUGAGCCGGGUGACGACUCGACGUACGACGAGGUCAUGAGGUUGCCGAAUUUGCUCCAAGACUUGUGGCUGGUGGGCAUGUGAUCUGAACGGCCGGUGGGCAUCUGAUCGGCAUGGGUGGGACCACCCAGACUCCGGCUCCGCCGUAUUCUCUGGGCGAUUUCGCACGGAGGGCGUGGAUUUCAGCCCUAAUUCGCAAGCUCCUCUGACGUCGAUUUACGCCCUAUUCUUUGUCCAGGAUGGAAGGAAGAGUGGUCCUGUGGCAGGUGCCUGGGGCUCAUAGUUGUCCGUUUCCCACGGUGCCCUAUUCUCUGUCGUGGUAAUCAUUCUUAGCCCUGGCUCCUCCACCGGAGCACAAGGGAGGGUUGGAUGCCUCUAACGUGGCGCGCGCCAGAGUCUCUCGUUCCGAUACCGUGCCGCGUCUGGUACCGUGAUCGUUCUCGACCGCCGCCGCCGGAAA